AUGUUCCAGAUUAUCCGUAGACUUAAUGUAAAUGGUAAACAACCUCUGUCUCCCCGUUGUUCGUCUCAGCCUACAUCUUUGAAAUGCACUGACCGAGAGGGUCUGGUAAGACCGCGCCUUACAGGCGAGCAAGCAAGAGAGAACGAGAGUAGUCAAUAAUUUCAUAAUAUUAUCCCCAAAUUCGAUAUCAAAUAUAAAACAUGAAAUGUGCUGAGACGCUCUGAACUGAGGCCCCAAAAUCUUGUCAGUGUUACUGACAUGGGGGAGGGCCGGAGGGGAUUGGGAGCUGUGUGCAAACGACCACCGUAGCAAUCAUUUAAUUAAUAAUUCUUUGCAGGAGCCCAUCACGAAAGCCGAGGAAGGUCUUCCGACUUCUGACUUCUGACUUCCAACUUCAGUCUUCCGACUUCCGACUUUUGACUUCCGACUUCAGACUUCAGACUUCAGACUUGACAAAGUGCGAACACCGGAUUUCUGAUUUCUGACCGUUCAGACUCAAAGCUGAAUGGUUAGACCUUCGAACCUCCCACUUCCCACUUCCCACUUCCCACUUCCCACUUCCCACUUCCGACUUCCGACUUCUGACUUCCAACUUACGAUUUGCCACUUCUGAUUUCCAACUUCCGACUUCUGACUUGACU